ACUCCCGGGCCCGGGCUCUAUCCCAGCCCGCAUGGCCGGGGGCCGGCCCGCCGCCCGCCGCCCGGCCGUGGCGGAGAACAGGUAGCCGCGGGAGCCGGCCGGAGCGGGCCGGGCCGGGCCGGCGGCGGCCCCCCAUGGAGUCGAGGUACAAAGAUGACCUGUUCCGGAAGUACGUGCAGUUCCACGAGGCGCGGGCGGACGGCGCGGACCCCGGGGGCCGGCGGCGGGGGGCCUCGGCCGACGAGGGCCUGCGCGUGGCCGCCUCGGCCCUGCUGAGCCUGCAGCAGGUGGAGCCCCCGGCUCGCUUCCGCCUGCUCCAGUUCUACGAGGUGGCCGAGGGCUCCCUGCGCGGCCCGCGCUCCUCCAACCUGCGGGCCCUGCGCGGGGCCUUCGGCCUGCUCGAGACCCUCGGGAUCAACCUCUUCCUCUACCCCUGGAAGAAAGAGUUCAGGAGCAUCAAGACCUACACGGGCCCCUUCGUGUAUCACAUCAAGUCGACGCUGCCGGAGGAGGCGGUGCGGGGGAUCCUCAGCUCCCUGGGCUACGUGCCGGAGCUGGGCACGGCCUACCGGCUCCGAGACCUGGUGGAGACGUUGCGCGUGCAGAUGGUGUCCUUCGAGCUCUUCCUGGCCAAGGUGGAGUGCGAGCAGCUGCUGGAGAUCCACUCCCAGGUGAAGGAGAAGGGCUACUCGGAGCUGGACGUGGUGGCCGAGCGCAAGCGCAGCAAGGAGGACGUGCGCGGCUGCUCGGACGCCAUGCGCAGGCGGGCGGAGGGCCGGGAGACCCUGACGGCCGCCUCCGCGGCCCGGGUGCUCCUGCAGAAGUCGGCCAGCGAGCGGGCCGCCAAGGACUACUACAAGCCCCGGGUGGGCAAGGCCUCCAAGUCCGUGGACGCCUACGACGGCGGCCCCUGGGAGGGCAGGAAGGCCCCCCCGCCGGGCUGGCCGGGCCCGCGCGAGGAGCCCGCGCCCGCCGGGGACCCCGAUGCCCAGCCGGGCCGCCCGCCGCCCCCCGCUCGCGGCCGGGCCCGGGCGCCCCGAGGAGCCGGCCUCCGCCCCCGGCCGGCCCGAGGAGCCGGACCUGACGCCCUCAAGCCGGACGUCUGGCUGCUGGGCAACGAGCCCAGCCCCGUCUACCGGCCCAAGCGGGGCCCGGCGGCGUGCCAGGCCUGCGGCCUGGCCGGGCCCGGCCCCUGCCCGCGCUGCGACGGCGCGGCCCUCAAGGCCAACGGCGGCGGGGCCGGCCGGCCGCGGCCCGCCGGCUCCUCCUCCCCCCGCUGCAGCUUCUGCAACCGGCCCGGGGCCGCCAACACGUGCACCUUCUGCUCCAAGGUGUCCUGCGACGCCUGCCUCGGCGCUUACCACUACGACCCGUGCUGCCGCAAGAGCGCCCUGCACAGGUUCCUGCCCAGCCACCAGCUGGGCUCCAAGGCCGUCCAGCUCUCCCACCUGGUGUACAGAUAGCCGGGCGUCCUCACCCUGCCGCCUCCGCCGCCGCCGCCGCCACCGCCGCAAGGGCCCAGGCGUUGCACCGGCGUCCGAGCCGGACCCCGGCCCGGGGAGCCGAGCUCCCUCGUCGCCCGGGGCGGGCCCCGACCCCCCGAGCUCCCCCCGGCCCCUCGCCACCGGGCCGUCGGGCGGGAGACCGGGCGCUCGGGCUUGGGGUUGCUCGCCCGCGCCCUUCCCCGGAGAGGAUUCGGGGCUCCUCCUCCCUCCUACAGCUGGCAGGGAGGGAGAGAGAGAGAGAGAGAGAGACAGAGAUAGAGAAAGCGGUCUUGCCGUCCAGGUUAAUCACCCACUCCCGGCGGCCAGCGGGCUUCCCGGCGGUCUCUGGGCCGGCAGACCCUUUUCCAUUGUGCCAGACUACUUCCAACGGCUCGUCGGUCCCCCUCCCCGCACCCCGACCCCUCCCAAGGGCUGACAGCAAAGCACUUCUCGUCCCACGGUCCGCCGGACCUCCCCUCCUCAAGCGAGAGGACUUCUCCGGACGUUUUCGCCCGCGGGCCCGCCGGGUUUUCCGGUCGAAAACCGAGCCGAGCACCUGCCGUCUUUCGCCACGCUCUCGGCGCCGGACCCCUCCCCGCCGUACCCCGGAACGCCGCCGCCGGACGAGGAGGACCCGGCGGCCUUCGUUUCCGUUGCACGCGUACCGCCGCCUCCUCUCCUUCCUACUGUAAAUAGGCGAUUGGAAAAGUUUUAUUUUUCAAUAAAUAUAUCAAACCCGUCGUGCGCUGAAAAGCGGUAAGGUCGCCGCGUAGCCUCUGUCCGGUUUCCCCGAGUGAUCCGCCCACCCCGGGUGGAGGGACUUGGGCGGGCCGCGGUCGGGCCCCGGCCACGGUGACUUCUGCACCACGAUGGAGAGGGCUGGAAAGCCGCAGGGGAGAAAGUCGUCUCCUCCUCGGAGAGAGCGGCUCCCCGAUACACGUCUGCCUACCUCCCUUUUGAGCUCCCGGGGGCUACCACGGGCCCAAAGGUGAGCGUCGACCCGCCGCCGGCUGGAUUCGCCCGUUUAAGAUAUCCUGGGCUCCCUCUCGGCCUCGACCUCCCCCCUUUCCCCAGCGAGGCCCGGGAAACGGGGAGACUCCCUGAUUUUCCCCCGCGAGAGGCCUCGAGCGUCAGCCGGGGGUGGCCGACCUCCGUUCGCACCGAGAACCGUCCGGGCUCCGGCCUCGGGGGCCGUCUCCUUUCUCAGGGCAGAGGCUACCGCUCCGUCCCGUUUGCUUUUGGGAAUAAGAGCGCCGGGGGCCCAGGGGGAUUCGCAACUAGAGCUGGGCUUUUGUGAAUCAGAGAAAAAGAUUUCAGCCAUAGGUUCGACGUUCAAAACCCUUUGGGGCCGAAGCAGUCAGUGGACUUCCAGCUCCCCUUCAAGGGAGCCAGGCCAAGAGGAAACAUCUGACUGUUGGAGACCCAAAAAGUCAAACGAAAACGAACUCAACUGAACAAAAUGGUACCUUGCUGAUUCCGAAAGCUUCCACGGCUCUGAGCUCGGUCGAGAUAUUUUAAGAUUUCUUACCGUGUUUUUUAAUCGCUGUCUCUAUAAACAUAUAGACGUGUAGCCGCUAGAUCGCUCUGUAGAUAACCCGAGGUGUGUAGACGGCCAAAUUUAAAGGGGAUUUUACUACUGAAACUGACCUGAGCCGUGGUUUCCAUUUCUCGUGAGCCUUUCUCCCUUUUCUGAACUGCCCCGCGUGCUCUGCUUCCAAGACGAGCUCUCCCGGUUCCCUCGGCCCGCGUCCAUAUCGCUACCUGCAGUCAACGGAUUGAUAGACCGCGACGCCACGUAACUCAGACAGUGAACAGAGCAGGGGUGACGACGUUUUAUUUCCGCCUUGAAAGGAAAAAGUCCCGUGUACAUAUUGUCCCGGAGAUACGAUCAUCUUGAACUGUGUGGAAUCGCAAGUGUGCCUGUGGUUUUCUUUAUUGAUGUGUAUCUUAUUGUAUGAGGUUGCUGUGAUUGAGAGAGUAAAUAUAUAUAUUAUAUAUAUAUGUACGAUAUAUAUAUAUAUAAUAUGCACAUUUGAAAUGCAGGUGGUUCGCCUUUGACUUUGACCAGUGAGCUGGCAUAUUUAUUGAAAGAUGAUUUUCAAAAUAAAGGAAGCGUCUUCCAUUCUG